AAGAAGAAACUGAAAUUGGUGGGAGAUGUGAGCUAACACAAAAACAAAUGUCCUCUCUCGGCUGGAAAUAAUAACAUUUAAUUUAAUUUACAAACGCGAAAAGGUUGGGCGUAAACAUGAGUUCAUUUGCAGGCCGAAUGAAAGAGUAUCCCAACAUUUCUCUGGACCGGUUCGACCGGGAGAACUUACAUUCCCGGGCAUAUUUCCUCUCCCACUGUCACAAAGAUCACAUGAAAGGACUGAAAGGACCAAUACUGAAGAGGAAACUGGAGUUCAGUCGCACAGUCAGGCUGUACUGCUCCUUUGUGACCAAGGAACUUCUGCUGAGCAAUCCCAAGUACGCUUUCUGGGAGGAAUACAUUGUUCCCUUAGAGCUGGAGAGCCCAACGCAGAUUUCUCUGGUUGACGAAGCAUCCGGAGAGAAAGAAGAUCUCGUGGUCACGUUACUCCCCGCAGGCCACUGUCCCGGCUCUGUAAUGUUCCUGUUUGAGGGUUCCCAGGGAAACGUGUUGUAUACGGGAGACUUCAGGUUGGCCGCCGGAGACGCCUCGAGGAUAGAACAUCUGCACUCGGGCAGCAGAGUGAAGGAUAUUCAGAGUAUUUAUCUGGACUCAACUUUCUACGACCCACGAUUCUACCAAAUUCCUACUCGGGAGGUCUGUCUGAACGGUAUCUUAGAGCUUGUUGGAAACUGGAUCAGUCAGAGUCCAUAUCAUGUUGUGUGGCUCAACUGUAAAGCUGCGUAUGGAUACGAGUACCUGUUUACCAACCUGGGAGAGGAGUUCAACACACAGAUCCAUGUCAGGAGUCUGGCCAUGUUCACGAAGAUGCCAGAGAUCCUGAGCUACGUGACGACUGACCGCAGGACACAGAUCCAUGCCUGUCGACACCCUAAGGCCGAGGAGUUUUUCCAAGGCAGCCGGCUGCCGUGUGGCUGCACAGCCUCUGACGGGACGCCUCUUCGCAUCAUUACCAUCAAACCGUCCACCAUGUGGUUCGGAGAGCGAAUGAGGAAAACCAAAGUGAUCAUAAAAACAGGAGCAAGUUCCUUCAGAGCCUGCUUCAGUUUCCACUCCUCCUACUCAGAGCUUAAAGACUUUCUCUCGUACCUCCGGCCAGUAAACAUCUACCCCAGCGUUAUUCCAAUCGGUCGGACACUGACCGAGGUUACACAGUUGUUGAAGCUGAUGUGCAGGAACCAGUCCGAUGGAGCAGCGUUCAUAUACAAACCCCUGGGAGUCCUCAAGCGCAGUAAGAUGGAGCAACAUAUAGACGAUUCAGACAGUGAUGACGAGCUGUUUGACGGGCUCGACCUGGAACCAGUGAGGAAGAAGAUGGGGCUGAACCAAGAACUAAACAACGUGAACACUGAGAGUCCUCAGAAAACAGCGCCCCCUGUGCCCGUGGAGGAGUCUUUACCUCUCACGGUCACAGACGCGCAGCCUGUCGCACGCAACUACGUGGACUGCACUGAGUCCAAUGAUGAAGAGGAAGAUGAGGAUCAGCAGGAGGAAGGGAGCGAGGAAAAUGGGGAUAAAAAGCUGACGAAGGAGGAGGAGGAGGAGACCGGGGCGAUAAAGGAAAGCGAGAGGAAUAAAGAACCUGAGAAAAAGGAUGCUGAGGUACCGGGUUCCCCUAAUCCUCCAAAAUGGGAGGAUUUCUUCACCACAGACACGCUGACAGACAGCCAGAACAGCCUCAACAGCCAAUUACAAUCCUGCUGCUCUGUCCCAAGCCCCGCCCCUUCCAGACUGACAGGUUCACAGACCCCCGAGCUGUUCAGCGACGAAGGAGAAACCCCCGACAACGACGAAAACUUCAGUCUCGCCCUGUCUGCCUCUCUGUCAAAUCAUUCCUCCCAGAACCUGGACUCGUGUUUACCUGACACCUUGAUUCUCCAACCAGAGCAGGGGAGGCGGGAACAAGGAGAGUUGAGGACCAGUACUGUGUCUCAGGAGGAGAGCAACGACCAGAAGGAGCUGUCGGAGUCUCAGGUGUCGUCGGAUUACGAUAUUCCCUGCACGCCGGAGUCGAAAACGCCUCGACCUGAUGAAUUGUCGCAGUUGUACAGGAAGCUGGCGUCGGGAGAGGAAGUGAUCAGAAAGCGAGACUGAAGGUUAAAGGUUGUGGACAGGCCAAUAAUUAAUGUCCUCGCAAUACAAAUGGGCACAAAGUCUCUGUUCUUCCAGACGUUCAGGUUGAAUCUGCAGCUUUGUACAUUACCGUGUUUUCAUGAGUAAACACAACCAUAGUUAGGAUGUUAAUGCUGCAUUAACUGUUUGGUCUCUUGGGAAAGAUCUGAUUAGCUUGAUUAGAAUAUUUUAUGAGCUUCCAUCAGGGUCCAAAGUAAAAUCUUCGAGGCAUCAGAUGCCUACAGAGAAAUCCAAGGAUCACCCCUGUUGUUGUUUUCUGUGUUCACGCGCUCCUUGACAACUCGUACAGUUGUAAAUUCUGAGUUUACCUCGUUUACCAACAAGGUAGUCAAGUUUAAACCCAAGUUUAGGAGUUAUGAAACAUCUUUACAGGUAAAUAUGUCACAUGAAGUGAACUGUCAAAAACCAGAACAGAAGUUGAAGCCUGGACCUGUUAAUGAUCCCAUAUUGGCCGCUAAAGUCUUUUUAUAAAACCCACGAGAGCGAAGAGGAAGUUGAAUGAAGGUGCAGUAUUUACUAGUAGUAUUUAUCUACACAGAAAUGGUAAAUAUGUUCAUUUAAUUUCCACUUCUCUGUUGUGUUUCCCAGUAUUUACCAUCAAGCAAAGACCACCUGAAUGAAAACAGCUCCAUGGAAACACGAGCACAUGGAAAAUAAUAAUUAACUCUUAAACUAAACACUUUUUCUUUACCUAACAUUACCUGUUGAGCCAUAGAUUUAAUGUCUUUGGUUGAUCGUCUCAGUAGAAGGUAAAAUGAACUGCACACGGUGUGAAUACAUUGUUACCUCACCUAUACGCUGCAAGAUUGUUGGUUUAUAUACGUGUUAAACACAUAAUGAGCUUCUAUAACACCUCGUGUCUUUACAAGCUUCAGUCGAACCUCUAAACCACACAAACCUCACUUAACUACGUAAAGCAACACACACACACACACACACACAGUUCAUUCCAAUGCACUUUAAGUUCACCCGUGGCUUACAUGUACCAAUGCACCUGUGCACUUAACGGCUGACUCUCCCUCUUUGUUGGCAGUUUGUGGUUUGUUCUGCUUCUUCAUUGUAAAAGUGGAUCAAGGUUUUGUCAAGGAUUUUUGUAUCGAAGCAGAACUUUUGUUUCAAAUAAAAAAUGUUUUAUUUCAA